CGAGUUUGCUUGUUCCCCAGUCCCCAGUCCCGUCUCCCGGUUCCGGUGGUGACUCACUUACAUCCAUCCAUCCAUCCAUGCAUACAUACAUACAAACACGGGUACAAACAUACAUGGGUACAUAGACAGUAGAUAGAAAAAAGGUCCUGUACAUACAUACUUACUUACAUACAUACACAAUCACACCCCCGGACUACUGCACAACCACGCACGCAUCAGAACAGAACCCCAGCCCCGACACCAGCCGUCCAGAAAACACAACAACCAUUAUCAUGACUCUACACGUCCGCCUGCUCUCCCCCUCCAACCCGGACGACCACCUCUACCUGCCCGCCAUCGCGCGGAUCCAUCUCGCCGCCUGGCUCACCGUGCCGCUCAUGCGGGCGAUCUACUACGGCCCGCCCGAGGCGUAUCCGGGGUACAUCAGCUCGAUGCUGGAGCGCCACUCCCAGGCGUUUCACCGGGAGGAGAACUGUCGGUUCGCGGUUGUCUUGGACGAUACGUUACCCGCCGACGAGGAGGUGGUGGUGGUGGUGGAGGAGGAGGAGGAGGAGCAAAGAACGGUAAACGCCCGAGGGAGGCCAAAGGGCAGAGUCAUCGCCGCCAUCAAAUACUACAUCAUCGAUAAUGGUCCGGCUCCAGCGGCCUCUGCUACCACCAACACUACCACAGCACCAGAACAAAACUCGGCCGGCGCCUCCUCAACAGCGAAACGAACAUGGCCGCCGUACUCGCAUGCCGCCCUUGCAUCAGACUUCUGGUCCCAUCUCGUCCAGGCACGGACCCGGCUCAAUGCUUUCCUCGGCUCCCACGUCCUUGUGGAUAACCUGUACACUGAUCCAGCUCACCAUCGUCGCGGUGCGGGUGGGAUGCUUAUGCGGUACGCAUGCGACGAGGCUGACCGCAGAGGGUGGCCCAGUAUGCUGGAAGCCUCGCCCAAGGGUAUUGGGGUCUACGAAUCCGUGGGAUUCCAAAGAUUCAAUCCAGGAGGAAGCGACGAACCAGGCGGAGCAGAGAUAUGGGUGGACCUCCAUCGAUGGGAAAAUGGGGGAGACAGAGGGGUCGAGUUUUCGGAGCAGAGGCUGAAGCAAGUGCAGGAUGAUGGAAGGAGAGGAGAAGGGUGGUAUUGUCAGGUUCUCAUGGUUAGGCCUGCUGGGACUGCUUCCACCAGCCCCAGCGAUCAAAAGGAAGCCGCCGAGGUAGGAAAGGGCGAGGCUGCAGUAGUAUAGUUGUCGAGCAGUGGCUCGAACCGGUCACGCCUGGACAGCACUUGCGCAGAGUCUCGAGACUACACCUGGAGCAUGGGCUUCACCACUCCGUAUAUAUCCCCUUCAGUCAGCAGCUCUUUCGCUCUGAUCGUGUAUGAGAUGCUGUGGACUGAACCUGGUCGACCUCAGAG